CACAUUCAAGUUCUGAUAAAUAUUGGCGGAAUGGGAAUAAAUCAAGAAUUGUUUAGAAGUUGGCUACGUUUUGUAUGAACUAUUUUCAGGUUCUAAUCAUCGGACUAACAUUAGGAUUCUUCUUCGUCUGCCAGGGGUUUUGAGAUGCAUGCUGGAUAGCUUGCCAAAAUGCCAACCAGAUUUCAUUCAUUUCAUGGCCAGAAUAUCCGUCUGGAGGAUGAAAACAUGGUCGCCACCCGUGUCUCGAGUUUUGCUCACGCCAUAUGUUUCGGAGAAAAGCCACUAACGCCGGCGGAGAUCUUUCUAAUCGAGUUGGAGAAAAACGAAGGUGGAUGGAGUGGACAUUUACGGAUUGGUUUGACGCAACACGUUCCAAGUAAACGAAUGCCAUUGCCACAAUAUGCGCUCCCCGAUCUUGCCAACAUGGGAAAGUCGUGGAUUUUUGCAGUGACUAAGUCUCAUAAUCGUGUUUACAUGGAGGACGUAUCGGGCGAUUGGCCGGAGCGUAAACCAUACGAGUCUAUCCUAAGUAACGGACAAUUCGUUCAAUCUAGUCGCGGAUCGUUUCAACCGAACUUGCUAAAACCUUUAAUGAAAUAUCGUAAAGCUGAUGUGGACAGUGAUGGGAUAAGUUCCGAUUCUAGUAGUAACGGAAAUCUUUUGCCGACCGAUGUCGGAAGUCGUAUCGGAGUGAUGUAUGUGAUAGCAGAGGACAAGGCGGAAAUGCAUUUUAUUAUCAACGGUGAAGACCAGGGGCCUUGUGCGCGUGAAAUUCCUUAUAAGGAUGGCCCGUUAUAUGCCGUAGUGGACGUCUAUGGGACAACGAAACAGGUGCGGGUCAUACAAUUAUACACAGAGCUUUCACUCCAACACGCCUGCCGUGACAUAAUUCUCAAACACACCAAGAAGAAUGCCAUCAAACAGCUGCCACUGCCUAACAAGUUAAAGGAAUAUCUACGCUACGAGAUAUGAAAGAUCACAGUAUUCUGCAAACCAACACAUUUUUGUGAGGUUUUAUUUUUGCGAUUUUUGUGAAAAUUUCUCAAAAAAGAAUUUUUGGCAAUUUUUGCUUAUUGCAAAUUUAGAUUAUUCAUGAAAUCUGCAAAAAUUGAACGCCCAGCAGAAUUAUGUGGUUUCCAGUAUAUUCAAUCAAUGCUGUGAAUGUGAUAGUUCUUCAGUCAUCGCUGAUAACAGAGAUGCGACAUUUCCGAAUUUUGGUGGAUUACCGUUUUUUUCUCAUCCUGAAAAGGAUUUGUGGUUCUGGCUCACCGCGAAGGCUAACUUGGUGUCUUGUCAUUAAAAUCAAUACGUUAAUCAGAAAGGUCACUGCCAUCAGUUUUCAAUAACAAAUGUUAUGAUCAAGAGUGGUUCACUCAUAAAUUAUCAUGUUUAUGACACCGAUUUCGACAAUGGCUAUUGAUUAAAAAGAACGGGAUCGAAAUCGAAAUUUGUAUUUGUUGGAUUUAAGUUCAAGGUCCUUUCAGAAUUGUUUGCUGCCUAGAGGGUGUCCCACUUCAGGAACUCGUAUUUUCCUUCUAGCUGUGCCAUUAUUCUUGUCUGUAUUAUAACGUAAAGAUCUAGGAUCCGAAUUGUGAAUGUCAAUGUACCCUUUCCACUAAAGGGAUCAACCCCUAUUCAUUUUGAUUUAUGCCGGCCUUCCAUUUGAAGGUUUUCUGUUGCAAUUUUUCUGUCCGACAGUGACUUGCACGUGGAAGGUGCUCUGCAAGUAGACUGUUGACACUCUUGGCAAUAUGUUGGACACUAUCUUGCAUGGUCAACUUCUUUAGAGUCAGGUGGUAUAAUAUAUAAGAUGCAUGGCCUACUAUCAUGACUAUUGAGUGAUCACUAACAAUAUAAAUUCAUGUGAAUUAUGGUCAAGUUCCAUAUUAUGCCAUUUUCUCAUGACGUGGACGUAAGACUGACACAGGGUCAUGAUUUCUUGCUGUGCCAAAUAAUUGUAUUCAUUCACGUUAUCAGUAUAGUUGCUAAACACUGUUUAUUUAUCAUAAACCACAGCUGUUGAGUUGUAUUAUUUCACCAUGCGUCUGCCGUUGUUACAUGUAAGUAGGCCUUUAUUUUUGUACAGAAAAAAGUUCAAAUUUCAACUGCUUCAUAGGGUAUCGAUGGUAUGAAAUACUGUGUUUUGAAUAUUUUGUAAUUGACAUUUUGAUCGGCUAAUGUUACAUAGAUGUGAGUUGAUAUUCAGAAAUAUUCUGUGAUUUAAGACCCUUUCCGUGAAGCUGACGGACAUAAUACGCCCAAACAUAACCUCAUGGUUGGCAAAUCAACUGAGCUAUUCUACUGUCUUAAAGGCCUACGCCGUUCGUUAAGUAUUUCAAAUUUAUAAUCGAAUUUGAAAGUUUCGAAUUGUGUAAAUACAUUCUGAAUAUAAAUGUCAACAAUUCCAUUGUGUAGACAUAUACACAAAUACUACAUGUAUAAAUACUAUAAAUAUCAAGUUUCCGCAAAUUUGCUACAUGUUACUGCACUUAGCAUUGUGUAUGGCUGCAGUUCUGUUUACCGGUUAUUACAAAUGGCGUACCCCUUUAAGGGCAGAUGGCAGCUUUGCUGUGAGUGUGACACCUUCUGCUGUGACACCUUCUGCAUGCCUUAUCCAUUAUGUUCAUCUGUGUGCGAAAAACAUUAACAUUUAUUGGUCAAAAACUGAAAAUUAAUUCAACAUGGAAAGGGUUUUAAAACUAGGUGGUGUUUUUGGUUAGCUUAAUCUUUCACCAGAUCAUCUGUAAAGUAUUUAGUUUGCUGUACCGGCCCAACUGAACUAUGAAAAAAAAUGCCCACUGGCUACCGAUUGCUUGCUGAAAUCCCUGGUUUACAGCAAAAUAAGAAUUAUGUAAAUUAUGUAAAUUGUGACUGCCGUCAUCUUCUGUGUCUGCUCCUGCCUUGGAAAAUGGUUCUCCAAGGAGUAUUACACAAUCAUGACCUGAGAGCAUUUAUAUGUGGCACUAUAGUUGGGCAACAAGUGAGGCGAUUGACCUAGUGCUUCUGUCCUUUCAAAGGAGGGCAGAAGGAUUUCAUUAAUGUUGGGGGCAUGAAGGCUGUUUCUCCACUGCAUCUGUACAUUUUCAUAAUAGCUCUUGGGUCAAAUUUGACAGAGUGGGCGUGGUAAUUUAUCCUUAUGAAUCUGAGAGACUGACUGCGUAUUCUGCAGACUGUCUCAUGUAUAAUUGACUUAACCACAAAGAAUGUGCUCUGAUGCUUGGGUCUUGGUUUAUGAGCUAGGCAAGACACAUGUAUCCUUUUUACUUUCGCUGGAUAAGUGAGAUUUGUUUGAGGACAGUGGAAUUUCUCUUGGCAGACACAUGGUUAGCAGGACACCCUCUAUAUUAAGGACAGUGGUCCCAAAUGGGUCAUUUCUGUUCAUUUUGACCUGUGUAUUGAGGACACCCUGCUAAGAAGGAGAACUUUGUUCAGUCCCAGGAGUGUCCUUAAGUGUUCUAUUGUAAUCUGUCUCAUUUGAAGUCUGUCUGUAAUUGUGACUGUGAAUUGUUAUAAGUUGAACAUAUAAAGUUGCUUAGAACUACUUCAGUAAAUAAACGAACAGAUUGAAAUAAA